AAUCAAAGAAAUCUUUGGUUCAAAUGUGGAUACGAGGUAUAAUACGUUUAUCUUCAAAAACAUGAAGUUACUACAGUAGUAUCCCUACAUAUUCCCUAGGGAAUUUGUAAUUUAGUUCGGGCUGUUCACCGCAAGAUUGCGAUACCAACUAUUGCCCCGUUAACGCGCCUAAUUUAUAUAUAAAUAUACUUCUGUAUAUUCUCACAUUUUUUUUUUUUUUUUUUUUUUUAAUCUGAUAGCAACAUAAAAUGAUGUAAGUAAAUAAAAUACUGAAUUCCUUUGAUUAAUUAAUAUUAAAGCAUUAGUAUUAGAAUAAAAAUAGCAUACUAAUUCUAUUACAGUAAAUUACUGCGCAUGAUUGCGAAAUGCCGGCUUUCCUGUUUCACUAGUGUUUACUUUUUUGAAACACUUGUUACACAGUUGCAAAGCUUCUUGUUUUUAACAAUUUACCAUGAACAAUGGAACCAGUUAUCCUUCUUGUAUAAAAAUUCCAUCCACAAAUUUAAAACAUAGUGUGACAAAUGAAACGACUGACCGCAAGUUUAAUAUAAAAGAAGCAGUGACAUUUAACAAUGAAUUGAUAUCUCUAGCGAAUCAAAUAUUUGGAGAAGGAAAAUGGAAUCAUACUGUAACAAAUCAAUCAAUUGAUUUUGUUGAAACUUUUAUGAGUAAAUAUACUUGUGGAUGUGUGACAUUUGUUAAGAUUCAAUUGCAAGAUGGAACAUUUCAUGAAGAUAUGGGAUAUUAUCUUGCAGAGGAAACUUCAAAAGGAUUAUCUAUACAUAUGGCUAGAAUUGGUUCUUUAACAGAUGCUUUUAAAAAAGUAUUAUCAUGCUUUGGUAAAACAAUAGAAUCUGAAAUUCAAAAUUUGAUAAAAAGGUCGUCUAAUUCAGUGAUACAAACUAUUAGAAAAGAAGAUGUGUGUUCUAUAGAUGAUUUAAAAACUGAUAAGUUUAAACCAUGUGCUCAAUCAACUCCCCUUCUAAGUCAUAAGGAUAACGAAGAAAAAGACAAUCCAGAAAAUAUACCAUGUCCCACAAGCCAGAAUGAUAACGGAAAGCAAAUAUUAUUGCAAACAACAGUGGUUCAAUCUAAGAAGCAAACAGAGAGACAAGAAAAUACUGUUUUAAGUGCUCAAACAGUACAACUUAACAAUCAGAAGGAACAAACUCAGAAGAAAGUGUUAUCCGAAGUGGAAUUAUCACGAUUAGAACGGAAGCGAAAACAGAUGGAGAAGCAAGCAGAAUACAAAAGAUUAAUGAAGGAAAGGGAACUACAAAAGGCUGUUGAAAAUAAACAAUCUAUUUCUAGAUUUAAUUCAUAAGAUAAAUAUAUUUGUACAUGUGUAGA